AUGUCUCGGAGUUUCGUGUUUGCCCUCGCACUGUUCGGAAUGGUGGCAGUUUUACCUUUGCCCACAGCAAACGCUCAGGCGUUAUCGAACUACGAUGCGUCACCUGCAACAUUCGAGAGCCGGAAUAACUGGGAUGCACUGGGAGGGCUCUAUGCUCUUCUGGCUCAGCACGACGCGCUCGGCGGACACGCGCUGGCCCGCAAGUCUGUUCGAUCGCCAUCCCGACGCCUGCGUUUCGGCCGCCGGUCAGAUCCCGACAUGCCACCUCAAGCUCCUAUUGACGAGAUGGAUGAGCUGCUCUCUCUCCGCGAGGUCCGCACCCCGGUCCGCCUACGCUUCGGACGCCGCUCUGACGAACGCGCUGUGCCACAUAUCUUCCCUCAGGAGGAGCAGGAUCGCGCUGUGCGAGCCCCUUCUAUGCGUCUACGAUUCGGCCGCCGAUCUGACAACAAUAUGUUCUUAAUGCCAUACGAGUCUGCUUUGCCUAAGGAAGUGAAAGCUAGCGGCUCCGUGGAAGAUGAUAGACAACAAGAAUAAGCUCACCCAGAACAUAUCCUCUCGUCGCAACCUAGAUGUAUUUCUCUCAAUGUCAAAAUAUAUACCUAACUUUCGAUUAUUAAUAAAAUUACCGUAUUAAAUGUAUGUAAACGUAAAAUAUUUAAUAGAUUCUUAGAUAAUACUCGGUCGUAUUAAUAAGAUUUGUGUAU